CAGAGAGACGAGGACAGAGACGAGAACAGAGAGACGAGGACAGAGACGCAGGAUUUGAACUUUCACGUAAGAUGAAAUGAACGGAGAAGACAGAUCGAGGUCAAGAGGUUUAGUGAAACUGAUCCUCGUGACAUCAAACUGUUUAUGAUCAGAUCAAAGGAAGAAGAACAUCAACAACAACUGAGACAGAAAAUGAGUCUCACAGAGGACAAUUCACAGGGCACUGAGAGACAUGUUCAACAGGAUGGCGAUGAACACACAAAGAUGACGGAUGUCAAUAAGAUGGACGAGAAUAUGACGGACCAGAAAAACACGGACCAGAAUAACACAGACCAGAAUAACACAGACCAGAAAAACACAGACCAGAAAAACACGGACCAGAAAAAUACGGACCAGAAAAGGACGUCCACCGCACUGACUCUUCUCAGAGAAGACCUGAGUCAGUUCAAAGCGGAAGUCCUCAAAGUGUUGAAGGACAAAGACACAAAGGUGGACAAAGACAGCCCCGAUGCACUCAGUCUUCUGAGGGACGAUCUGAGUCAGUUUAAAGAAGACAUGAGCAGCAUCUUUAACAUCAGAGACGUGAAGUCCACUGAUCCUACAACCAGUCAGGCAGCAGAAAGGACACUCAGACAUCUGAGCCUCAUCAAAGAGGACAUCUCUAAUGUCUUCAGGCUCAGUCCCCUCAAGGACAAAGGUGACCAGGGCCGUUCCAUGAAGGAAGACUCCUCCAAAAUAAAAGUCCCAGCAGCUGAGAGAAUGGACGAAGCUUUUCUGAAGCUGUUCAGAAGAGAACAAAGACAACUGAGGACGGCAGAGGACAGUCAGGGAGGGACGGUGACGCCUUCAGAGAUGAACCAGGAGAAAACAGACGAAGGUUUGAGUCAAAAGCUGUCGGAGAAGAAUGCGAACAGCACCAUGACAGACAGGACAAAUGGACAGGAGGACAAAGAUGACGGGGAGGAGUCUGAGAAGAAGGAGGAGUCUGGGGAGACCGCAUCACCAAGUGACAGUGGGGAGACAAUGUGUCCAUCACAGGCAGUCGAUCACAGACCCGACAGUAAUGAAGACUCUGUGGCAUCAGAAGAAAACGAGGAAGUGAAGAUGGAAGACGAAGAAGAAGAAGAAGAAGAAGAAUCUUCAGAGUCUCUUGAGUUCGAGAAUUUGCUCUCUGAGCUGAGAAUCAUGAGCAUGAGGAAGCAGCCGGGAGGGGGAGGAGGAGGAGGAGGAGGAGGAGGAGGAGGAGACCUGUGGUCUGUGAAAAACUUUGCCUGUUAUUUGACCUUUGACCCCAACACUGCCAACGCAGAGCUUCACCUCAGUGACCUCAACAGGAAGGCGACUCGUUUGUGGGCAAGCAAGCGCUGCCUGGACCACCUGGACCGCUUUAAGAGCUGCCCUCAGGUCCUGUGCAGGGAGGGGCUGCUGGACCAGGUCUACUGGGAGGUGGAGUGGAGCGGCGGUGCCGACAUCGGCGUCACAUACAACAGUAUCUCCAGAGAUGGGGACACGGUGGACUGUCUGCUGGGACACAACAAGUUGUCCUGGAGUCUGGAGUGUUCAGAGGGAAGCUACACACCGAGCCACAACAACAAGAGGUUCAGGUCCACCACACCAGAACCCUUUAGCCACAGAGUCGGGGUCUUCUUAGACUGGUCUGCUGGAUCUCUGUCCUUCUACUGUGUCUCCCGGGACGCCAUGGUCCUCCUCCACUCCUUCACCUCCACCUUCACUGAGCCUCUGUACCCGGGUUUCUGGGUGUGGACCUACGACGGCUCAGUGUCGCUGUGUCAGGUGGAGUUAGACUGGGAAAGACUGCUGAAGUGACGACACCCAAGGACAGAUUACUGAACCCGAGGGCUGAGGGGGUCCAAGGGUUCAAGGGUUCA